AUGACAGACACCAUUCGAUUUCCAUCGGGUUUCCUGAAGGCAGCAGAUGUCAAUCCUUCUACGCUUGAGCACAUCUGCGAUUUCCAUGCUGCGGCUAUUAUAAGCGGUGGGCCUAGCCUUUUGCCCAAAAGUACGCAAGGCAGCGUGGAUGCAGUUUUAUGUGAUGCCCAGGACUUUGGCAGAUUUGACAAGAUAUGCGGUGGAGGACCUCACCUGAGUUUGUGGCAUUUGGAUCAAACGAAAGUUACAACAAUAUUUGACGAUGAAAACUUCAUCAGUAAUCACGUCACGCUAUUCGACGGAACGGUGAUAUCUGGAGAAAGUGGAGGGAAUGUGGAACAAUGGUCUGUUAAUGGUGACAAGGUGGCACGUGUUCCAAUGUCGUUUUCAAACGUUUUUCACGUAAAUAUUUUAGACAAACAUAAGGUGAUGACAGUAGUUGGAAAUUCUCAUAAAAUUGAUGUCUGCAAGAACUUUUAUUAUAAAUCUUAUUCCGUUUCCAUGUUCUGA